AUGAGUAUCAAUACAAAUGAAUUUCCGCCUGGCUUGUCUUUAGAAGAUGUCGCUAGCAAAGAGAAUAUCCAGCUUUCCAAGUUUGAUUCAGAUAUAGCAUGGAAGAUCGGAACAUUGGCAAAACAAAGGGCCAUUGACUAUCGUCUUUCCAGACCAAUUUUGAUCGAUAUUACUACAACAGAUGGGACAACUUAUUUUCAUAGUCCAUCAAGACCUUCGACUGUAAAGGACAAUGAUAUUUGGGUAGAGAGGAAGCGGAGAACAGUAUUCCGUUUUGGCUUCUCCAGCUACUACAUGGGCCAGAAACUUAAGCUGAAAGACACAAAAAACUUAGAGGAAGCUUUCUACAUCAGCAGUAUUGAUUAUGCUGUUCAUGGCGGGUCUGUGCCUAUAAGACUAAAGAACUUUGACGGUGUUGUUGCAGCCCUUACCAUAAGCGGCCUCAAACAGGAGGAAGACCACGCGUUUGCCCUCCAGAUACUCGAAGAAGUUAAGAUUUCUAGAGAACCUCGCUAUGGUAAUCGGCAUAUGGAUGUGUCUUGUAUUUCUUCUGCUUUGAUAGUAAACCUGAAUAUUGGCCAAGAGGAGGAGGAAGAGGAGGAAGAGGAGGAAGAGGAGGAAGAGGAGGAAGAGGAGGAAGAGGAGGAAGAGGAGGAAGAGGAGGAAGAGGAGGAAGAGGAGGAAGAGGAGGAAGAGGAGGAAACAAGUGUGAAAUUUCGGGUCAGUUUUACCUAUAAAUGUUUUUAUUUUGUCGAGUAG